GGCGGACAGAAAAGUUCGUGGCGGCGAUCUGUGAGGAUCCUUGUUUGUCGAAGUGGCGUUGAUGUCGCGAAAGUUUAGUAAUGUUCGGCGUUCAAAGUGUUAGUACAAUAAGGGCCGCGUUGUUUAGAAGUACGAAGUGUCUUCCUGCUGUUCAAAAUGCUAUUGCAAAGAUGUCAACAAGUUCUGAUCCACAAGAUCCUUCUUUCACAAAAAUGUGUGAAGGUUUCUUUGAAAAUGCAAGAAGUUACGUUGAACAUAGGUUGCUAACAAAGCCGGAUCCCCCAGGUCAUCGCCCAGAGAAUUUUGAAGAGAAGAAGCAUAGGAUAAAAGGUAAACUGAAGUAAGGAUUUUGUCUUUCUCUGCGCCGAGACUCCAACAUAAAAUUAUGUGUGAUAAAAUUUUUUUUCUGUUGAGGUAUUCGAUGGAUUUGUUUCUUGUAAAUCGAACAGAAAAUUUCUACGCGACAUAGAUUGUUUUAUGUAGAAGGUGCUUUCAAAUAUCAGAGUCUACACAUAUUUGGUCGUUUUUGCGUGUAAUUUGAGAUGAAAACUUUGAUGAAGCCGGUCGAUCAGGCCAGUGGGCCGCUUACGCCUGUAACAUGGAAUACCUUACUAAAGUCCCGUUGCUUUGUUAAUUCUUUGUAACUUUAUAAUUCCAAAAUAACAGAAAGCUAAUACUUAACACAACUUUUUCAUCCUUGUGCAUUCCGUGUCUUCAAAACAUUAAGAACAGAAAUCGUUUGCGAAUGAGUCCACAGAUCAAUGAAAAGCGAUAAACCAUGAAUUACGACAUCGCAUACGCCCACUCCCAACCCCCAGCAAUUCCUUUUAAGGAGUGCCUCGUGGCGUUUGUCUGGUUGAAGUGAGCUUUCAUUAUGAAACUGAUUUGAGAUCAUUACAAUAGGCCAUUUGACAGUUAUGGAUGGAAGCGAGGCUGGCGGGGACCUUGUUUUGAUACAAACCUUUCCGCUUUAUUAUGUAAAUCAAGUUAUUCUUACGCUAACUAGUAUUUUUCGAGGACAAUUUCAAUAACAAAGCAAAGGGGGUUUGUAUCAAAACAAGGUCACUGUCAGCCUCACAUUCACUCGAAGGCUAGGGUACUAAGUCCACAACUGAAAAAUGGUCUAUUCUAGCAAAUUCAAAGGAGAAAGCAAACACAGUUCAAAGUCAACAUGGACACUCAACAAAAUGAAAUUUUGGGUAGUGACACCCCAUACAAAUGGAAACUGUUGUAGCCAUAAGGGAGUGUGGAAGGUAACGAUGACAACCCUGUGAGUGGCUACCACAAGGCACCAUCGUACUGAGAACCUCAGUGGAGAGUUUUUAGAUUCUUACCUAAGAUAUCUCCAGAGGGAGGGGAAAGCUGGGAGUAAAAAGGCUUCAACAACUACACAUGGAAGACAACUAGUCAGAGCAUACACUACAUAUGCCUCAAGAUAACCUAGUAUAUGAUUAAUGAAGGAGAUGGCUGGCCAGAGUUGCCAGAGCUCAAAAUAAAUUUAGGACUGUUGCCAGUCGUGCUUACCAGGAGUAGAAAUUUUAGCUCAGUCAUGUCUCUCUUCUGACUGGUCAACAACAAUGAUAACUUGAACACACUAGGCUAACAAGCAAAAACAUGAAAUAGAAAAGAUGUUAGUCUUCUUGAAACAUAAUUGUGUGAAACUGUAUUUUUCCGGAUGCUUAUUUAUGUGUCCGGUCAAAAUGACUGACAAACCGAAGUUUAACUGGACAACUGGUUAUCUUAUAAUCCGGACAUUGUCUGUUGACCAGCCAUUAUUAAUUUUGAGCCCUGAUUGCUCACUUUAAGCUUCAUGCAUGGUUAAAACACCUCCUCCCACAUUCAUUUGAAUUGUUUUCACACUCAGGCACUUUGGAUGUGAUGAAGCCCUGCGCUGAUGUACUUUCCGUAAUGUUUCCAGUUAAGCGAGAUAAUGGUGAAUUUGAAAUUAUUCAAGGAUACAGAGCUCAACACAGCCAUCACAGAACUCCAUGUAAAGGAGGUUUGUCAACUUAUUACUCUGUACAUUGAAAAGUUGAGCCCUGAUAAUACCAACAGUGAGGGCAGAGACCAUAUAGUGUACUAUAAAUACUAUUAGCGGAGCUCGCGUGCGUUAGCAGAGCACCAUGGGUAAGUAAAUCUACCCAUCCCAAAAAAUUUGGUAAUGAUGUGACCGUACACUGAGGGAGCAACUGUCUGCCUGCACCACAGCCAUACCAAUGCAAAAUAACUCAAUCAACAGGUAUGGCAACCCAGAUGCAACUCAAGGUUAUUUUGGCGGGAAAUCGCAUAGCCACCUGCGUCACAACUUAGGAGUCAAUAAAUACGAAAAUGGAAAGCGGAAAUUGUUUCUGUGUCAGGAAUUUCAGAAAUCUCUGGCUGUGGCAACCAUGCUUAGGGAAUACAAUGUUGUGUUUUUCUAUAAAAAGGUACUACAUGUUGUGGGUUUCCAAGAAAAUUGUGCUUCAAAUGGUACUAAUAAAGUGAUUCAAAAAAAGGUCAGGACAUGCAAGACAAAAGUUGUUAUUGUUACAGGGUAAAACUGAUUAUUAUUGGUAACAUGUUCUUCAGCUGGCUUGCAACAAUUAGACUGAAAGACACGAAACAAGAGAAUUAGUGAACAACAACAUUUCUUUUUUAAAUUUAUGCCAUGCUGAGUACUAGUAUACAACAAGUUAACAUAGUGAUAUUUAAGAUGGGAUUCAAUAAAGCAGUUACUAUGAUUUAAAAAUUAAUUAGCAAUAAAGUGAAGAAGCUUCUGAUUUCACAUGAUUAUACAUUAAUGAAUUAACUUGUAUUUUAAAGGAAUUAGGUAUAGUGAAGAUGUUGAUAUUGAUGAAGUACAAGCUUUGGCCACCCUAAUGACUUUCAAAUGUGCUGUUGUGGAUGUUCCAUUUGGUGGAGCUAAAGGUGGCAUCAAGAUCAAACCUUCAAAAUACUCAGUAUGUAAAGUUGUUAAAACCAUAUAACAAUAAUUUAUAACCCAUUUUAAUAAGAAAGAGAGGCCAGCAACAAUGGCGAUAAAAGUACAGUAUUUUGCAGCAAACUCUCUGCUUCAUCACUGUAGAAAGGAGUCUUUAAUAGGCUGCAUCAUUUAUUUUGUAUUAAAGAAUAAUAGUGUGCAGUAGUUACAUACACAAAGGUAUUUAUAACCCUGAGAAAGCAGACGUCGUCACUUGGAGCUGAAAUAAAUGAAAAUACAUUUGUGGUUUGGAACAGUUGUUUGUACUGCAGUUUCUUGUUUUUCUCUUUUACUGUAUGAUGGUUUUAUCUCAAAUCUAAUGUCAUGAUAAGAGUUGCCAUAAAAGGUUUGAAUUAGGCAGCUUUAUUAUUGAAUUGUGCAGUAAUUUAACGGUGGCCAUCCCAGGCGGUGGACCCCGGGGAACCCUCGGUCAUUUGCACAAUGACAUUCACAAAUCCCCCUAUCCAAGAAAGAUAGUUCUCCACAAAAAAACAACCAUUGGCCUCCCCCCCUGGGGCUACUACAGAAUUAACCCCUCAUGUCUUGAGUUAGAAAUUAGCAGCAAAUGUCAGUAUAGGGCCAAACUUAGAUAGAUGCAUUGACCCACUGAAGCAUGCAUAUAUGUCAGCUAGAAAAGCUAAGGUUCAAUAGUCUGUUACGUCUGGCAAAGAUAAGUGCACCUGCAGAUUGAAUGGCCAAAAUCCACAUUCUUUGCUGAAGUUCUCUUGUUGGGAAUACAUUGUAAGUUAGUUUGUCUAUUUAAUAAAAUCAGUCUUACUGCUUUGUUUGACAUUCAAGUAUUCAUGUAUUUUGUGAAUGGCUGGAUGGAUGUUAAAGGUCUUAAUGUUAGCAAGGGUUUCUGAUUGUGGAAUUUGCUCAUAUCUUUAGUUUAGAGAGUUGUGCAUUAUCUCACUUUAUAUCUACAUGUGUACCUACAGUAAUGUUACUAAAAAACAAAGUUUAAGUGAGAUGUGAUACAUGUUAAAUACCCUGGUCUUGUCUUUUUUUUCUUUUUAAGCAACGUGAGUUAGAAAGGAUAACACGCCGUUUCACGGUGGAACUUGCCAAGAAAAAUUUCAUUGGGCCAGGCCUGGAUGUGCCAGCACCAGACAUGGGGACUGGGGAGAGAGAAAUGAGCUGGAUUGCUGACUCAUUUGAUAUGACAUUAGGUGAUUGUCAGUAGAUACUAAAAUAAUUAUAUGCACUAUGAUUUACUAUAGUGUUGUCUGUAAGAAGGGUGUCAGGUCUAGAACUGUUGGUGGUUAGAAUGCCCACAAAAUAUUUUGUCUUCACAGUUUACAUGUAACAUAUUUCAGAUCAUGCAUAUUUUUUUGUAUAAGAUGCUAUAUAAUGGAGUGACCAAAGUAGAAAAGUCAGCUUGCUUUAGUGAACAUUCAUCAGCCUGUACAGGUACUUGAGAGGUUAAUAAUUUUAAAACCUCUCAAGAAUAUUUUGGGCAAUGAUUGCCCAAAACCUUGGUUACCUUGAAAAAUUAUUAAUACCUCGUCUUUUUCAAAAGGCAGCAGGAAACCCGAUGGUUCUACUUAUCUAAGCCUUGCAUUCAGUUAGCACUCUGGUCUCACCCUCAAUUAUAACUUUCUAUGUACAUAAUUAUAUUGUAUCCUCUGCAUACAAACUUACAGUGUACAUGUAUUUCUCUUAAUUUUACACAUACAUGUACAUUGUAUUGUAUUUUUAAUGACCAUUGCAGGUUAUGGUAAUAUGAAUGCUUAUGCUUGUGUCACUGGAAAACCAAUUUAUCUUGGUGGCAUCCAUGGAAGAAUAUCAGCAACAGGAAGGGUAAGUAUUAUCUUACUUUCUCUCUUGUACCUUCUUAUAAAAUACAAUUGUACCUGUACCUGUACAUGUACAGUACAGCAUGCGUAAAGCAUGACAGAAUUUGACAGACUAUAUCAUGCAUCACCAUGUAUUUUUUUCCAUUAAGAGAUGGAUGUACAUGUAAUUCAUUGGGCUAAUGCCAUGCUUUAUCCCAGAGGGGGGAACUUAAUAAUGCAGACUAGUGUAAAACAGAAGCAUGAGUCCAGAAUUUCUUGUAACUGUAAUCACUUUGCAUUUCAGGGUGUCUUUCAUGGAAUAGAGAACUUUCUUAGUUCAGGUAGGCCCAUUAACUAUAAGUUACCAGAAACUUUUAAUAUUUAUGUGAAAACUCCAGGCCACUGUUAUGGACAAGAUAAAUCCCUUGUAAACUCUGUACCCAAAUUCCUUCUAAAUCCCUGCAACUAAUUUUAACAUGGUCCCCAAACUCAUGCCCACUGUCCCAAUAGUCUGUGAAGGAUUUUCUACUGUGAUAUAUUGGUUAUCAGAAAACCUCAAGUUUCAAAUUCUUUUUAUUUCCAUGCAUCCCAAAUAAAUAAAUGAAAAAUUGACAGAAUUAUGCAAUGCAAGGAUAGAAAACAAAAACCAUGGGUUGAACUCAUCAACAAUAGAUGAGGUUGAGUGUAGCUCCUCUAAAGGAUGGCGGUAACAGGUGCAUAUUAAGUGACGAACACAACGAAUGCAUGGCAACUAGUGAGCAACAACCACCAAACCAUUAUGCAAUCACAUGUACAUGUAAGCUAGUAACCACCCCUCAAAAGCCUGCCAUUCUGUAGCUCAACUGCAGCUGACCCAGAUGUGAUGUCUAAUGAGGUUAACCUUGUCCAGAUUAAAUAUAAUUACCUGUAGGUGGUUUAUAAUGAUAUGAAGUCGAGGAUGAAUAAGGAAUUAUGGAGCCAAAAAAUAAACGCAUAUUAGACCAAAUAGGGCUGGGAUACCUCUGGACAAAAACACAUGAAAAUGACAUUGGAAUCUUGAACAUUAUCAAACAAAGACUGAAAGACAUCGAAUUACAAAGAUGGUAAAGUGACGUAAACAAUGACGUAAGAAAAGACGCCAACCAAAAGAACAAACUAAGAACCUUCCGAAAAUUUAAAACAAUAGAAAAUUAUAAAUGUGAAGAUUAUCUCCGUCAGGUCACUAACAUCCAACACCAGAUAACCCUUACUAAACUCCAUCUAAGUAAUCGCAAAUUGGCGAUGGAGACAGGUCGGUAUGUAAGACCUUAUAAGAAACCGGAAGAGAGGAUCUGUCCUAUCUGUAAAAAAGACAUAGAAGAUGAAAUACACUUUUUAAUAACUCUGUGCCCUGCGUAUGAAGAAAAAAGAAGUACUUUAUUUGAAUACUUAAACAAAGAAUACAGAAUAUCAGUAAACAGAAUGGCACCAGAUGAUGUUUUUCUGUUGUUAAUAAACCCUUUGAGCAAGAACAAACCAGUGCAAAAGUUAAUUGCAAAAUGUGUAUUCGACCGCUAUGAAAAAAGAAGAUCAUUAGUUCUUUAGGUUAACAUUGACUAUAGUUCCACUAGUGUGCAGUUUGUGUUAUGAUUUUAAAUUAUUUGGAUAAAGUCGAUGUACAUAGGACUGUAUAACACUCCAAAAUAAUAAAGCGUUGUCUUGUCUUGUCUUGUCUUGUUAACAAGGGCCCCUCUUCCAUUAAGUGCCAUACUAAAGAUUUAUUGGAACAAGCAGCAUUUUGGCAUGAAGUCAAAGUCGUUCGUUGCCUAACGAGCCCCUAUCUACACCAUCAAUGAAUUGGAGUAGAAAUAGAUUGAAAUUCCCUCACGUUAACUGAACAUUCACCAUAUAUUUGUCACUGUUACAGCUUCUGUUUUUGUUUCAUUUUAAUGAACAUUCACGUUUUGUUUUUAACAUUUGGUUGUUUCUUAAAAAAGAAAUAAGCGUGCUGUCCUGAAUAAGUCCAAUGUCUCGAGUAAGUGCCCUCCCUUGAGGUACCAAAAGUAGAACGCCUCCGGCACAAAAUCAAAUUAUUACAGUAAUAGCCACAUUUACACGUAGCAUGGCAAGCCACUGCUUGAGUGCGCAGCAUUUGAACAGUCGAUCCUGAUGAGGGUGAAGAGUGAGCCUUGAAUGCUAUUAUUCAUGUGAUGUGCCAAUUACGGGAAGACCAGAAUAGCCAGCAGAGGAAAGCAAACUUAAAGGCCUGUAGAAGAAAUCAGCAAAAGGUGGCUUAUAGACGCCAAACACACUUAAUUGCACAAUGAGUCUCGGCAACAUGAUCCUUGUUUAAGUCUUCAAGCCCUUCAAUUUUGUGAGCUUCCCCCACAGAAUGUGAGCUGCUACAGUAAAAAAAAAAAACCACUGCAGUCCAGCAUUGCUUACAGUUUAACUUUGCCUAAAUCACAUUUAACCUGAUGAAAGGGUUCACAAACCUACUGUAGAAGUCCUUUCUGAAAUUUUUAAUGGUAGUAUGUGGCAGAUGAUUCUAAUCAUAAUUAUUUGUUUUCUACCUGGUUAUUUUUGUUCAGAAAAAUAUUGCAAGCUGGUUGGCUUAGAACCUGGUCUGAGAGGCAAAACAUUUAUAGUUCAGGUAUUUGCCAGACCUCAAUAAUAAUACAGUUGAAGCCCUCAUAAGCGACCAACUCCGAAACUCGAAAAAGUGGUCGUAACUAGAGCUGGUCGCUUACAAGAGCUCCAGGAACUCAUUAAUAACUCAAAAAGAACAAACAAAACCAAUUAUUGUUUAAUGGGUCUCUUUGUAUCUGUCACAGACACAGCUAAUCUUUAGUCCAAUGUUUUAAAUAGACCAUCAGCACAAAUGUGCAGUUUCGUUAAAGUGUUGAUUUAUAUGAAUAAAGACUCUGAGUGGUCACUUAUAAGAGCUUAAAAACAAAGGAAAAGCACAGUUGGGUAAUCCCAAAAGUGGUCACGGUUGCUUACAGGGGUGGCCACUUGCGAGAACUUUUAAGUCACAGUUCAGACAGGGUUUCACAAAGGUGGUCGUGACUAGAGCUGGUCUCUUACCACAGUGGUCGCAAGAAGAGCUUCGACUGUAUUGAUUUAACGAACUUGAUGUAACAUUUUUGUUCAUGUUUAUACAUGUUUGGCACUGCCUUAACUAACAUUAUCCUGGUACACUUACCCUCAUUCAGUUUGUAAUCCAAGCUUGUACAUGGUUAUGUUGUUGUGGGCUAUUACAAAUACGUAGCAUAUUGAAUAGCUAAAGUAAGGCUGGUUAAAAAAAUUGGCACAGUUAUUUAGCUGAUAAUAGACGACGCUCCCUUUGUUGCGAGCACCAGUUAUUAAUUGCUGCAUUCUAAAGUGCACCUAUGAGCUGCAUUCCAAAAAACUUAUGAAGCAUGCACUCUGUUUUGCCUAUGUAACUAGCCUUUAAGGAGGGGAAGGUAAACUGAAUUAGAUUUGUUUAAGAUGGUUAUUAUUGGUGGUGGCAUAAAAAUGAGACUUUUAUAAUGUUGUACAUCAUUGUACAUGUACCAGUUCACUAGGAUUGAAAUAAUUGAAAUAAGUCUUAAAAAGAACUUAUAAUAAAUUGCAGUUAACUGCUUUUAAUAUGAACUGAAAGGUUGAAAAUGUGUAAAUUGUUGAUUCUUAAUAGGGAUUCGGUAAUGUGGGCCUUCAUACCUGUCGAUACCUCCAUCGCGCUGGAGCCAGGUGCAUUGGUGUCAUGGAACGAGAUGGAAAUCUCUACAAUAAAGAUGGAAUUGAUCCUAAGGAACUUGAAGAUUAUAAGCUGGUAAUCAAACUUGACAUUUUUAUAUAAGUAUUUAAUCAAUGUUUAUCACAAUUAAAAAUCCUGUUCAUUCCCAGCAAUAGCUAGAGUUAAAAUAUAGACUGUGUCUACAUGAAAUUUAUUGCACUCAUAUAGACAGUUAAAUCUUAGUGUAGAGCAAACUUAAGUGUGUUUGGAGCAAGGUCGGUCCCCUCCGCUUUUCUACCAUACCUUUGUCUGUUGAAUUAUGCGACUUUGUAGAGCUAUAUCUUCGUUAGUUUUCAACAAAGCAGGUUAAAAUUUGGCAACUUUACAGAUUUCAAGGUGUUAUUUCCAGCCAUUUAAAUGAAUAUUUGCUCACUGGUCUUUAUCAACACUUGAAAUAACCGCGGAGUGGUCUAUAAGUGUAAGCGAGUCAAUAAGUCAUGAUCAAGUCAUGCAUCACCCGACCCUAAUCCAAACCCUAUCCUAUAUUCCCAUUAAACCUCUAGCAUAAACCCUAGAAGUGUAACUUGACUCAUAACUCAUUUACUCAUUAGACUCUCCAUGUAAAAGCUUUUUUUACUUUUCAACAAAGUCAAAUGGCUGAUUGACAAAUGACCAUGUUUUAGAUGUCUUAUGCAUGAAGAAUUUAUUCAGACAUAAACAAACAUGAAUAAACUCUUACACUGAGCGCUUUUCUCAUUUCUUGUUAUCAAGGACAACAAUGGAUCAAUCAAGGGUUUUCCUGGAGCUAAGGUUUGUUAAAUAACAAUAGCUUAUACAUCUUCAUCGCUUUAGUUAAGUGGAAAAGAAAGAGAUGUUGAUAUGAAUUUUUACUGCCCCAGUAGAAAAAAAAAUAGAUUAAUAAUAGUUGAGCAAAGUAGAUCAAGAAACCAACUUACAAGAAUCAUAGGGAAGAAAGAAAAACUCUCAAAAACUUAGGUGAAUGGAACAGUUAUCUGGAAUUUUUAGCCUUUUGUGAGUUAUAGAAAUUUUCCACAAUACACUAUAUUUACUUAUUUUUUUACUUAUUUUUUUACUUAUUUUUUUACUUAUUUUUUUACUGGUUUUCGUUUAUUUUUUUUUUAAUAGAUGACAGAAGAAAACCUUUUAGAAGCAGAAUGUGACAUUCUAGUUCCAGCUGCCAACGAGAAACAAAUUACGAUCAAAAAUGCUCAUAAAAUUCAAGCAAAGGUAGGUAGACUGAACUUUGGGUUAACGCUUGCUUGGGUUAACAUCCCUUAAAAUAUUAACUCCACGGGCAGCCCAUGCUCGAAAGAUAAGCGCAGGCACGUUUGCGCCGUAAGCAAUGAAUUAAUUUAUAUGGAUUUGUGUUGGGAAAAAAUUAUUGUUUCUGUCACCUACCAGCGUGAAGGAGUUGAAAUAAAAAAUCAGCCAACCUCACUUAAGCUGUGUGUUUCUUCUGUCUUGUGUGCUCCCCCAGCCGUUUUACGGCCACCAAUUAAGUGAGGUUAGCCGAUUUUUAGUCAAUUCCUUUGACAUUUGUUAAGUACAUAGGUUACAUAUCUUACAUUUUGAGGGUUAUGCAACAAUGCCGAUGCUCAUAUUUCGAGCUUAGGCUACCUGUGAUGAAGCACGCCUUCCUGAGGCUCAUAACCACAUAACCUGCCCCUUUGGGAAGGUUAAAAACCUUUAAACAUGACUUAGCCCCUCUGUGUUGCGGCCCAUCCACCUCUAUACUUCUUGAACAGUCCCAGAGAUUAGCAGGGGACCGACUGCUUUUAAACGGCCCGUCACUUACAGUGUUCCAUGUAGAGAUCUUUGUUGUAAUUUAAAUUUGCUACUUGUUUAAGUUUGAUCUGUUUUUUCUUCACAGGUUAUUGCUGAGGGUGCAAAUGGUCCAACAACGCCAGCAGCAGAAAAAGUGCUUAUUGAAAAUGAGAAACUUGUUAUUCCGGUAAAUGCUUUAGUUUCUUGACUUAGUGCUUGCAAGUAGGCUUAAAGGAGAAUUUCUUAUGGGAGGGGUAGGUGGUAUGUCACCAGGAUAUUGCCGUUGUAGGUUCAUGCUGAGCUGAAGUCAUUACGUCAUCAGCCUUUUAGUUUACCAAACGCAAAAUACUCGUCUAGAGUUAUGAAAAAGAUAUCAUCAGGGGAGCACCCUGGGGGAGCACUAACAAUCAACCACUUGGUGAUUUUAGCAGGCGUAACAUUGAAACUUGGAAAGUUAGCUAAAUUUUUUUCAAGUUUCAAUGCAUGUCCAUCCUUGUCAUGCGUAGCUACAGCCAACGGAAAACAGUUUCAAUGGCUAAAUAUAGACUGGGAUAUUGUUUUUCUCAUGUAAUUGAUGGAACGACGCGAUGACCCUUUCAAACUGAUCCUUAUUUUGCAGGACUUGUAUUUGAAUGCUGGAGGUGUAACAGUGUCAUAUUUCGAGUGGCUUAAGAAUAUUAAUCACGUCAGUUUUGGCAGAUUGACCUGGAAAUACGAGAAGGAGGCAAACUUUAAUUUGUUAGGUACGAUCUUUGCGUGAACUGAAUAGUUAAACUCAGUAUAGCGAUAUUCCGCAGUGAAUAGCAACAAGGAUAAGCAUAGCCUGCGCCACAGAUGGAACUCAGGGGGCGGAGGAACUAAACUUCUGGACAAGUCCGCCUGCGAAUCAGCGGCGAAAUCCUUGUUCUGGGCCCCCGCCUGUGUCCAGGAUUUGAAUACGCGCCAUGAUUGGCCUGUUAAAAAUGCCAUUGUCGAUUUGCCAAUCAGAUUGAAGGAAAAUUCGAAACGCAUUUCUGGUAAUUCUUAGACUCCCUUGGGAGCCCAGAACAAGGAUAUUGGCGCUGCUUCGCAGACGUAACUAACCAGGGUGAGAUUACGUAUGGGACGCAGUCUAGGAUUAGCAGUGACUUUGUUACAAAUACUUAUUCUGCGUCUUUGGGAAUCUUCUUGUGAAGAACCAUGAGUCCCUGUCCAUAAAUAAUGAGUCCCAGUUAAAUGCUUGAGCCUUUGUGUAACUAGACAGACAAUCUGGAGACAGUCGCCAAAACUCGUCAUUACAGUUUAUUCGAAUUAAAAUAUAGUCCUUCUAGUACAUAUUUAAAGCACAAAAAAGACUGAAAUAAAUACGCAUCUUUAAACAACAGCCACAGAAAUCGCACGAACAGGAUAUUCUACCAAAAACUUUAAAUCGAUCGAUUGUUUUUUGCGUCUUACGGGAAGAGGUGCGGGGGUGGGGGGGGGCUCAGCUUUUUUAGUCUAAGUAUUGUUACUAGUUACUGACGUAAAACAAGGACCUUCAUCUCUUGCCUUGUACCUUUUGGUUUGCUCAAGAGUGCGCAGGUAGGUACAUUAAACACUGUAAUCACAUUACCAAGCAAAGUAAACAGUACCGGAAAUUACUUUUCCCUCGGAGACCGAGAGUAUAGCUUUAUGAUAAUGAUGAUACUCGUGUAAAAGUUGUUAUAUGCUAAAGUGUUCUUUUCCUAUCACAGCGAGCGUCCAGGAAAGCUUGGAAAGCCAUUUCAAGCAGCAUCCUAUUCCGAUCAAGCCAUCGGCGGAGUUCAUUAGCAAGAUUGCGGUAAGUACAAGUGUUUUCGAAAACUUGAACCCGGGAAAAGCAAGAAGCCCGCUUGAAGGUCCGAAUUAUCAGUCUGUAUUUUAUUAAACGGAUUAUUGGGAGAACACAGGCAAUAGGACUGCGCCCGUUCAUAUAGAUGCUUUUGCAUGUACACUAACUUUUUUAAUUAGAACUUCGUGCCUGUCGUUUUUGUUUUUUGUUUUUGUUUUGUUUUGUUUUGUUUUUUUUUUUCACGGUUAAAAAAAGAGGAUGCAUCGUGUCCGAGUGGUUAGAGCGCUGGACUUAUGAUUCGGAAGCCCCGAGUUCAAAAAAAGUCCCAAGUUCAAAUCCUCGGCCACGCUUGUAAAAUAGCCAACUGGUUUGCCUCCUACCAGUUGGGAUUUUUAUCUAUGUUAUGUUUCAUUUAAUUUCCUGAAAAGCCCCACAAGGGGAGAAGAUGAUAAAAGUUUAUUAGUUAUGUUUUUUUAUUAUUUUAUCAUUUUUUGUUUCAAAAAUACCGCGCAUACAGGUACACAAUAUAAUUGGAAUUAUUUCGAAUGCGAAGACAGUUUAAGUUCUCUCAGAGGAUUCAUUCUAACUGUUGAUAUUGUCAUCUCCAGGGAGCCUCUGAGAGAGACAUAGUGCAUUCUGGGUUGGAGUUCACAAUGGAGAGAUCAGCCAAGGUACGUCGCACACUUAACACCGCUUGAUCACAAUGAGGGCGAGCGAGGGCUAAGUAUUUCCCAUACAUUUAGUCACUGUGUUUUUAAAAGCAGGGGAGAACUGGGGAGACUAGAAUAAUCGAUUAUUGUGUUAGGUACAGGGACAAAAGAACUCUCAUAUCCGCCCUCUUAGACUUUUUCACAGAAUCAAAGUUCUCGCGCGCAUAGGAUAGCAAUCCCCAAUAUUUGAUAUGGAAGAUACAACCUGAGUAUGAUCAGCGGUUUUUAGCCGUAGAAGUAAUAGACCUUUUUACCGAUACAGCGGCCGCAUUGAAUUAAUUCGAUUUAAGGAGUAUUAUAGGAUGCCCAGGGCGCAUGAGCACAUUUCGUUUGUAUUUUCGGGCGCUUUUCGGGACAUUUUUUCUUAAAGUUUUCUUAGAAUAAGUUUGUAAUGGGAAAAAAGAUCCUUGUGCUGUGUUUGGAUGUAAUAAUGAUCGUCUUUUUCUAGUUUAGUAUUAGAAAUAUGGUCUUUCACUGUAUGUUCCUCGGGAAAAAGGCGAUCAUUAUUACUUCCAAACAUGGCACAAGGAUCGUUUUUCCCAUUACAAUCUUAUUCUAAGAAAACUUUACGAAAAAAUGUCCCGAAAAGCGCUCGAAAAUACAAACAAAAUGUGCUCAUGCCCCCUGGGUAUCCUAUAAUACUCCUUAAAUCGAAUAAACUCAAUAUGGCCGCCGUAUCGGUAAGAAGGUCUAUUAGAGUAAUCUUAGAAAUGUGUAACAAAUACGGGCUACAUUUAAAUGACUGAAUUGAGGUAGCAGUGCGUAAAAUCAGGCAUGAUGAGUUCCAUUGUAGGAUGAUUGCUUACAACAAACCUUUAUUCAGGUCUGUGGCAGGUACUUGAAGGGGAAAGGGACGCGCGAGGAAGGAGGCCCACCCCUCGUGUGUGUGCGUGCCUUACAGUGUGACGACUUCAACCGGGGCCACCUGAAGACUUUCAGCCUAUCAGAAACCGCUCGUUUAACAAAGGAUUAAGCGUUCGGACCUCAUCGGGAACUGUCCUAUUUUUCGAUUGGUUAUUUUAGAUCUUAAAUGAUUUCGCCAUUUAGAAUAGUGUGUCGUAUACACUUAACCGUCUGUCUUCUGUGGCUGCUUUUUGAAAAAUGUACAAACUGCUUAUUUAUUGAAGGGCUGGCUAUAAUAUGUAUUGCUCGGUAAGGGGUAUAAAAGUGCCUUGUAUCUGUGGGGAAAAAAUCAGUCUGGUUACAAGAUUUUGUUUGAAAACAUCACACUGCAGCUGUUUUCUUUACCGUUGAAUUGCAUUUUCUUAUUCCUGCAGUUAGAAGUCAUCAUUCUCGAUCUUGGUCCAAAAAAUUCAUUUUUGAAAAAAGGAAGGAUAAGUCUUUCUUUAACAGAAAUGCUUGCGUUCAACAAGAAAAAACAUCAACGGUCGUGGUAGCGCUGGGCGCUGUUUUUAUUAAGAAGGCACGGAGUAACUACCCAAUUUCCCUCUUCGGCCGAACGGGAAUCUUAUCACGUAAUUCAAAGAUAGCUCUUAUAAUUACUCUUAACUUCUCACUUGCUGUAAAAAAGCGUUUUUUCUUGCAUCCUCGGAGAAAUAUUUUAUCUUACAAAGGAAAAACCAUAAAACAAUCUCAGGAACAAGUGAAACAAAAAAUGAGUGAGGUGCACGAUCGACGAUCGCAGAUGGGAAAGCAUGCUCAUUGCGGUGUUGCUUGACAUUUCAUUUGUAUGUUCGGUUCCAAGUUCUUGAGCGAUUGCCCAGUAUUAUAGAGAUCUAGAACCCUUUGUCGCGGACAAAGUGUGGCAAAUAUCUAUCGUCAUCGUUAAGACCACAAUUAUCGGCGAAAAAUUUGGGAUCGAAACUAACAAAUCAAAAAAUAGGACAAUUUCCGAUGAGGUCCGCACGCUUAAUUCUUUGUUGAAGGAGCGGUCUCUGAUUGGCUGAAAGUUCUUAGGGGACCCCGGUUGAAGUCGUCUGCUUACCGAGUUGCUCCAUGCCGCUGUUUUAAUGCGAAACUAACUGCUAAGCCAAAGAUGUGAGAAUGAUUUUUUCAUUCUCAUGAAAACGACACUCGUUAUUACAGGACGCGUUUUGCACUUAGCCUCGUUUUAAGAGUAAGGGUCUUUGGAACUGGGAAGUGGCCUUUUUUAAUUCUUCUUCAAACGGCUCCCACGCAAUCUUUAUACGAAGCAGCAUAUUGUGUUUGUAAGAAACUUUUUUGCUGUUGUCUUUUAUCUCUUUUCAUAUGGCUGAAUUCGCAGGCGGGUAAAAUAAAGUGAUCCUGUGUUUCGAUUAGCUGCCCGAGCGGGCAGGAUAGGCCUACGUUAAAGUUCGGGAUUUCCCACGUUGUCCCGCAAAAUAAAGUUGUUUUCGUGGACUAUAAUAUAGCCUUGAAUGACCAUCGUGUUCGUUAAAGAUGGCUGGAUAUCAUUGACCUCGACAUCGCCUCGAUCCAUUUAAUACGCAAAACGGACCAGCCAUCUUGACCUGACGCUUGGUCAAUCACGCAUUUUUCUUUAACUAAGGAAAGGACGUAAUUCUAACGAAAGUUCUCUCUCGUUAGCAAAUCAUGCGCUGUGCUGAAGAGUACAACCUUGGACUGGACAUCAGGACUGCAGCUUACAUCGUUUCGAUGGAGAAAGUCUACAACACUUACACUGUGGCUGGCUUCACAUUCACAUAAUCCCUGUAAAUGACCAAUAACGAAUUAGUGUAGCUGAUUAUUUAACAGGAGUAGAAUUAUUGAAAUUGGACGUGCGUGGUAUUUAUCGGAACCGGUUUUAUGAGUCAUUCGGAGAUGGGUUGCCU